ACAAAGGAAGAAUGACUCCUUUUUCUUCCAGGUUUCAAUUGAGUUCAUUGGUAUAUUUAUAAGCCGUGAUUCGCACCGCCAAAACAUCGGAAAUUGCACUUCCGUCGCACCGCCGCCGUGAUUCGCCGUCCACCACCGACAUGAAUAGAUUUAAGGUAACAUAAAUAGUUUUAUUCUUCUCUUUCACAUUUCGAUUUUGAAACCAUUUUCGCUAUUGCUUUCAAUAUGUUCAAAUCGAAUUCAUGGCGCCACAAAACCCUAAUCUAUUAUUAUCUCAAGGGAUUAACAUUACAAUCCCCAAACCCUAACCCUCUUUUCCACCGUUACCCAUCGCAAUUUUCUCUUCGUUACUGCACAAACACUUCCGAUUCAACCCCAUUUCCUGUCUCCUACCUCAUCCGCAAUUUUGAAUUCUCACCACAAUUUGCUUCCAAACUCUGCUCCACUUACAAAGUUUGUUUCAAAACUUCCCAAAACCCUGAUUUAGUUCUCAACUUCUUUAGAAACUAUGGUUUCUCAGAUUCCCAAUUACGUGAUACCAUUCAGAAGUCACCAGGGUUGCUUUCAUGCAAUCCCUCCAAAAGGGUGUUGCCAAAGUUUCAAUUUUUUCUUUCCAAAGGUGCUUCUAAAUCUGAUAUUGUUAACCUUGUCAGUAAAAAUCCCAAAAUCUUGUCUCCAAGCUUGAAGAAUUUUAUUAUCCCAAACUAUGAAUUGCUUUAUGGAUUCUUGCAAUCAGACAAGAAAACUAUUGAUUGUGUAAUUGGCAAUCCAAUUUUACUUUGUGACCAAGGUGUGUCACGUAACAUCACAAUGCUGCUUGAAAAUGGAGUGGCCAACUCAAACAUUGCAAGAUUGCUUCAGAUCCGGAGUCGGGUAUUCCUGUUCCGUGACUUGCUGAAAUUUGUGGAUGAAGUAAAGGUUUUGGGGUUUAAUCCUUCGAAAGUAAUUUUUUCCGUAGCAUUGACUGCUAAAGCAACUGUAACCAAAACCUUGUGGAAGGAGAAAGUUGAUGCCUUGAAGAAAUGGGGUUGGUCUGAUGAAGAUGCUGUUGAAGCAUUUAGAAAGAAACCUUAUUGUAUGUUAACAUCCAUUGACAAAAUAAAUUUAGUGAUGAGCUUUUGGGUCAAUCAGAUGGGUUGGGAUGCUAUGGCCAUUGCCAAAGUACCAUAUAUUUUGUCACUAAGUUUGGAAAAAAGGAUCAUUCCGAGGGCUGCUGUUGUGCAAUUUCUUCUCAAUAAAGGUUUGUUUCAUAAGAAUGGAAGCUUAACGCAUCCAUUUGUACUGCCCGAGAAGUUGUUUCGUGAUAUGCUUAAAAAACGUUUUAAGAACGAGUCCUCUUAUUUAUUAAAUUUGUAUGAGGAAAAACUCAAUCAUGCAUAUACUGCGGACAAGACAUGCAUGUCAUGAUUAGAUAUUUAGGUCUUUUAGACUUAAUAUGUUAUUCUUGUUCCAUAUUGUCUUUGAAAUUUGUUUAGCUUUUCUUACUUUGACAUAUGUUGGUUUUGUUUUGAUUGGCAUUUCUUCAAAAUCCUAUUGUUUAUCAGUCUUAACCUCAACUAGUUUGCCUGUACUACAUGUAUAAGUUGAAUUUUCAUGCAUUUUUAGCAUGCAAUACUUCUUUCUGUAAUGUCAUUUCUCCUUCCAUGAUUGUUUAGUCCAAUAGUCUAUUGCAUAUAUUCACCUAUACCUGAAUAUGUUAUUGGAUUUAAAGUGGUUAUAGUUUUAGUUGUAAAUAUGAUUUCUUUGAAAUUACUGGAAGUCCAAAUAAUUAUGGACAAUACAACCAUAAUUACGGUAGCUGGGAAAUGGUAGCCGUGAAAUUUCGAAGACAUGUCAUGUAAUACAUCAAUAUUGAAGCUGCAGUUAUGUUUGUUGAUUUGUGGACUACAAGUUCUACAACUAUUUUUAAUCCUUAGCAGUUAGUAGUAUUAUUUUCUUUAGUAUAUUAAUAAUGUCAAAGUAUUUUCUUUUUCGCUUUUC